GCCAGGCGUCACCUCCCUCCUGCACAGCCAGGAGCAGCCCCGCCGCGAUGCCGGAGCCGGAGAGAAAAUCCAAGAUCACAGCCUCACGCAAACUCUUGUUGAAGAGUUUGAUGCUGGCCAAGGCCAAGGAGGAGUGGGAUCAGGAGAUUGUGGACAAGCAGGCAGAGAAGGAGAGGUACCUGUCUGAGAGGGUCACCCCACUGCACACCAGCGGGCUCUCCCUGAGCCAGCUCCAGGACUUGUGCAGGGAACUGCAUGAGAAGGUGGAAAUUGUGGAUGAGGAGAGAUACGACAUUGAAGCGAAAUGCAACCAUAACACCCGGGAGAUUAAAGAUCUGAAAAUCAAAGUCCUCGAUCUCCGGGGCAAGUUCAAGCGGCCUCCCCUGCGCCGGGUCCGCGUCUCGGCCGACGCCAUGCUCAGGGCUCUGCUGGGCUCCAAGCACAAGGUGUCCAUGGACCUCAGGGCCAACCUGAAGUCUGUCAAGAAGGAGGACACGGAGAAGGAGCGCCCUGUGGAAGUGGGAGACUGGCGCAAGAAUGUGGAGGCCAUGUCGGGCAUGGAGGGCAGGAAGAAGAUGUUCGACGCUGCCAAGUCCCCCACGGGGCAGUGACAGGAGCACUGGGAAGAAGACCGUCCCCGUCCCUGCUGCCAGCCUGCCCUUGCUGCUCCCUGUCCCUUUGUGCCCGUCCCUGAAUUCCCCCUGAGCUGGAACACGAGGACAGCGGUGUGGAAAGGAGUCCUGAGCUUCUUCCUUCCAGCAGUGCCCUCAGCCCUGCCUCUGCACAGCGUCCCCUCAGCAGCCACAGGCCGUGCUGUCCCCAAGGGCCAGUGCCACC